AUGGACGCUUUCGAGACAUGUUUUCCAAAGAAACGAUCGGAUAUAUACCUUCCUGAGGACGAUGUAGAUUUUGAUGAGCCAAAUGUCAAUAGACUAUGCUGCUGCUUCAAUUUCAGGGGCAAUAAUAGACAGGGCUUGAUUCAGCUGCCCACAAACAACCGCAACCAGAGAACCAUUGACGACUAUCUCGACCCAAGAUCGCCUGUCAGUAUUGAAGCCUUGCUGCAGGAACAAGAGGAAGAGUUGGAUCAUUACUUUGGUCAAACAGUUGAUGAAGACGCAUACCAUGGGCCUCCAAAAAGAUUUGGCCCUCUUGAUUUGAAUUUUGAGACUACCAACUCGUCCUUUUUCGAGGAAGAAGAUGCACAGUUUCUGUCAGAGCAUCGUAUAUCUGCUAUUCUAGUGGAUCGGCCCAAGUUGAGCAGCGCACACUUAUUCAAGGAGGACACUCCUGUCAUGGAACAGGAACUGGUCGAUGUGGGGGUACCGACAAAAAGCACAAGCACGGGGAGCAUAAGCAGCAGAAGAUUUGCUUUCAGAAAGGAAGAGCCAAGCGAAGAGGAAGAGGUGUUUGGCGAUAUCAAAGCGAGAGAGAUUGAAGCCAACACGACAACACAGAUACCAUCACCAUUAUCACCGCAAGAACUUACCAGCAUCACCAAUAAACUCAACCCAUAUACCACGUCUGCUUCACCCCUAUCUACUUCAUCACCCACCUCCACUGCUACUUCGGCCUCAUUACCAUCCAUCACCUAUACAUCAGUGCAACCCAUGGAACAGCAGCUAGUCAAUGGGAAAGCAAAUGGGAGUAGUCAACUUGUAUCACCUGUAAACACAGCAGGUUUAUCCGGUAGUAACUACAAGAUACCCACCAGCUCUCAGAAUGGCCCACAACAAAAGCAUGCCAACGAGUUCCCGGCCACAACGCUCACAAGAGUGCCCUACCAGCCACUGCCACCGUUACAAAUAUCGCCUCCUUCUUUCUCUCCCUCAGCAUCCGCAUCAUCAGCAUCUCAUCAUCCACACACUGUGAUAAAACCACAAGCAUCCAUCUCUUCUCUAUCAUCAUCGCACAAUCCUGGACGUCGGCCUUCACUCGUUACUACUGCUCAGAGCAUUUUAGGAGAUAAACUGGAUGAUUUCACCGAAAAAUUGGCCUUUAUCAAAAAGAACAUUAUCAUGAGCAUGGAUAACGAUGAUGAUGAAGACGAUGAUGGUGAUACUUACAACCACUACUACAAUGCUGACAAAAGAAUUAGCCAAGAGAUGCACAGGAAGAGAGCAGCAUCUGUUGGAAAAAGCGAUCAAAUGAGUCGAACGUCAAGAUUGUCCAACAACAGCAGCACUUCUUUACUCACGCCUCCCCCUAGAUCAUCAUCAAUUACACAAAACCACUCUAGUACCGAAGAAGAAGAGGAUGAGAUAUUUGAUAAGGUAGUUGCUAUUAGUAAAAAUGUGCGUACCUUUGGAGAAGGUGUUAUGGGCAAUGGACUUCGUAUGUUCAACAACCUGUCUACCCGCAUCAAGAAUGCUCAGCAACAGUAG